AUGUCCAGUAGCAUCACAGACCUCGAAUUCCAGACCUUCUACGUCGUGACCAAGCUUAUCGACUCCGUCUAUCCAAAUGGCAAACUGUACCUUUCCCACGGCUUGAGCACUGAAAGGGAUUCUUACCGGUAUCGUGCCGCUGUAGUAGAGUCAAAAGCAGAGUCUUCGGGCAGUAUCAAGAGACGAGUACUCACGCAGGUCGAAACAGCCAAAACUCGGAUUGGUGUUCUAGAAGCCGUGCGGAAGAGGCUUGAGGAAAUCGCGUCCUGGAGACUCGACGUGAUCGUAAGCGACAAGGAAAGAGAUGAUGUGGAAGAAAACGAACGGAAGAGGAAGAAUCUGUGUCGUAUCUUGCUUCUCCACGCCCACCAGCUCAACGGCCUCUCCUUUGGGAAGUUUGAUACUCGCAAAGCUCUGGAGAAGUCGCACGAUGAUGUACCCAGCUUCCGUGAGCGCGAAGUCCACUAG